GAAGAAUUGAAUCCUGAUGGAAGACCCAAGCGCACUUUGAAUUGUUUUUUUCUUUACCGCAAAAUAUAUCACCCUCUUGCCCUUUUCCUUCUACAUGGGAAUGAGCAGGAGGCUCUUGCCCUUCUAAAUGACCGGGAGGCUCUUGCCCGUCAAAAGAAGAAUGAGCAGGAGGCUUCCACACUUUGUGGAGUAUCUUGGCAUCGUGAGUCGGUGGAAUUUCAAGAACAUUUCAGGGUACUGGCCAAAAGAGAUUCAGCCAACAACCUCAAAGCUUUCCCCGACUAUAAAUACGCACCCUCUAAAGGCGGUAAAAACCACGACAAA